AUGAGGCGGUCUACCCUCCUCUGUGGAGGAUUUACCAUGAAAUAUAAAAAAGGCACUGGUCUCUGGGAUGAAGAUCACGUAAAUGAUUAUAAAUCCAAUCGCUAUCUCACUGCCCGUGCCACUAUGCGUUGGUAUUAUGAAAUGGAAAGACAACAAACCCGUAAUAGUCUAAACGCACGGCGAAGUACACAAAGUCAUUAUAAUAAUAAUGGAUUACAUCAUAGUGGAAAAGGUCCCUUUGAAAGAGAAGCAGAAAGACAAGGAAUACAAGUAGAGAAAUAUCCAUUGACCACCACUACAGGAAUUACACGAGUAGCAGAAAUGGUAAUAUUAAGAAGAUUAGAAUUAGAAAAGAAAGCAGAAGAAGAAAUGGGAAAACAAAGAAAUCAAUUAAAAGAAAAGUAUACAACACCAACAGAAUGGUAUGAUGAGAAGAAAGGUCCAUUAAAUCCAGAGUUUCUACGAUGUAUGCAAUCGCAUUAUAAAGUAGAUAUCACAACUCUUCCAGAUACUCCACUUAUAAAGGCAGAGAACAAAUAA